AUGUCAAACGACGAAUCCCAGGGAAUGGCCAGCAGAGGAGUGCACAGAUGCCGCAUUUGCUACUGUAGGUUUAAGAGGCAAUCUUCCCUCCAAUAUCACAUGCGAAUUCAUGCCGGAGGACCACAGCAUCGGUGUGAUGUUUGCGGUAAAGAAUACUACCACAAGCACACAUUACAGAAACACCAGUUCCGUCACACGGGCGAACGACCAUUCAAGUGCGAAAUUUGUGGGAAAACCUAUGGCGUAGUGUACCACUAUAGAACGCAUAUGAUUUUACAUACCGAUCAGUUCAAGUGUGAAGAAUGCGGCAGGCGCUACGAAUCACAAUACGUACUCGAUAGGCAUCGAAAGUCGAAGCAUACUGGAGAGCGACCCUACAAAUGCGAGAUUUGCGAGAAAUCUUUCCUACAAGCGCGCUACUUGGAACGACACGUGACCACACAUACUGGCGAGCAACGUUUCAAGUGCGACAUCUGCGGUAAAAGAUUUACCUCAAAAGACUAUCUGGAAGUUCACGUGAGGAGUCAUACCGGUGAACGUCCGUUCAAGUGUGACAAAUGUGACAAGGCAUUCACCAGACUCAGUACGCUUCGACAACAUGGCGCGAUGCAUACCGACGAGCACCCAUUCGAAUGUGAAGCCUGCGGUAAAACAUUUGCCCUCAAUUCGCAGUUCAAACAGCAUAUGGUAUCACACAGUGAUGUACGGCCACAUAAAUGUGGACUAUGUAGUAAGGGCUUUCCGACCCGGCAUCGGCUUGUCGAGCAUUACCGUUGUCACUCCGGGGAACGACUGCACGAGUGCGAAAUCUGUGGAUCGAAGUACGGUUCGAGAAAUGGUUUGAAAAAUCAUCGGAAGAAGCAUACCAACCCGUCGACGGACGAUCCGUACAAGUGUGAGGUUUGCGGAACGCACUUCGCCACGAAGAGUGCGCUUACUCACCAUAAGGUAGUGCAUUCCUAA